CCGCGAAGCAGUGUCACCGUGAUGUGACAAUAAAGCAACCAAGAUGGGAUCGGCCACGCCCGAUCUUGUUUGCCUUCCUGGGAAUUCGAAAUUUUCAGAUUCUGAAAAAAACGAUGCGGAAACUUUAUCGGCCCCUGCCCAUGAGGCAGACUAUAUAACACGCCCUCUUAAAGGAUUUGGUACCUUCUCAUUCAUCGACGACGAUGUUCCGUACAGGCUCGCCGUACUCGCCCUUCUUCACCUCUGGCCUGUUAUCCUCGCCAGUCUCACCAGCCUCACCUAUCGACUUUAAUGAGCUCAGGCCCCGCAGAGGCAGCCUCCCCACGUCGUCGUCCGACCGCUCUUCAGCCUACUAUUUUUCUCUCCAGUCUAGGCGUAAUAUCAAUGAGUUCCGCUCAUUCCUAACUCUUGACCUGGCGGAGACACGUUCAAAGCGUGGGUCGAACAAUCACUGGUCGGAGGUAGUGGUGCAGCAUCCUCCUCUUCCUGACUCCCCGACGUUUACCUCUCGUUCAGCAUCUCCGCGGCUACGCUCUAUGCCGUCUCCCAAACCUGCACCAUCCAUUACACUCCCCGAGCUGCCGGUAGUGCCGACUCAUUCCCCCGUUGCUUCUUCCUCUUUCACUCUCCCAGACUCUUUCACCAAGCCUCUCCGGAUAACCAGGCCUAAACUGCCUUCGCCUGCCUCGUCCCGAUCCCGAAAGUCCCUCGCGGUCAAGACGCCACUACUCUCCCCUCGCAUUGCUCGCAGUAUCUCCACUUCUACCGUGUCUACCCGCUACCGCACCCUCCGCCGCACCUCUGCCCUAGCCGCCCUUGAAGGACACCGAAAACGUACGCAGUCGCUCUUGAUGUCGCAGAACUUUAUCAGUCUCUCUGACGACGAGGGAGAUGAUGAGCUUUCUGACGAUGACGACGACGAGUCUUCGGAUUCUGAUGAAAGCUCCAUUGAUAUGUUGCCUUCCGUCUCAGAGCGUUCGCAGGGCUCGCAGAGAAGCAGAUCUGACUGGCUGCAUCUCAAGAGUUUCAUUGAUCUUCGGAACGAGCGCGAGGACAGUACGCGUGAGAAGGACAGAGCGUCUUUCAACAGUGGUAGCAGCUGGGGAUGGCGGAGCUACAUCGAAAUCGCUAUGGCAUGAGCCUCUCUCCCUUCCCAUAUCAUCUUUCGGUUUUGGCGCCUUUCGUGCUUCGUAUUUACGGACUCUGCUUUCGCUUUUGUAUUCGCUUUCAUGGCCGCCGUCCACCCUCAGACCUACUCUAUCGUAAUGAACAUUGUCCUUUUAUUUUAUGCAUAAUACUUUUCCAGCGCCUUAUACUUUCUUCUCUUCGCUUCAUUGCCACCCGUUCUUCGUCCUUGCAUUGUAUUUUUACCAUUCAUCAUUCCCAUCUUUUCUUUGUACAACAUGCACAUGCUUCUCGCCUCUCACACUUAUUCCAUUAACGGGGCUGUUGAUCAUCCACUCGCACAUACACACAGACAAUGUACUAGUCCGUAUACAAUAAAGUUAUACACUGCAUUCAGACUUGCUCAUUUAUUUUGCCGGCCCGUUACUUACACG